AAAAGUUUUAUGGUAAGGUUCUUUUAUAACAAAGAGAAUGAGAGUUUCAGAUCAAAAGGUGACCAGAAAACUUGUAUCCCUCACCGGAAAAAUGCCCAGGUUUAGCCUUUUAUCUCUUGUCAAGUGCUUCAAUGGAUGUCGCGACAAUACUCAGGUGUCGGGGCUUGGCACAAGGAUAUGGAACAUGAGCGAUAAACCCGUGGAGCUUCAGGUAAGAGUGGGAUCAAUACUGAAGAAAGGUCACACAUUGAAGCCAGGUUCAUCAAAGAGACUCAAGUGUAAGAACAUUUACAAGGCUUACAUGCCUGGUAGUAGAGGUGGUGGUGCUGGUGGCGGUGGAGGGGGGAUGAGGAGUUUGCUAUAUUACUAUGAUGAGACUUGCCACCCUUAUAUUUGGAUUCAUGACACUGGGUGUGAUUUCUCUAGGAUGGUGAAGCAGCAGUACAUCAGUCUUGAGGAUUUACGCGAUUGCUCGGAGAUCAGAAUCUUCAGAGACCAUCAGAGAGGUUGCAUAUCGGUUCGAAAGAAAGUGAGACCAGAUUUUUGUUGAAUUUUUUCUCCUUAUUGUUAAGUUGUAUACUUGAAUCAACUGAAUAUAGGUUCUGUUUUGUUUUUCGCUUCGUUUUUUUUUUUAUAGCCUUUGGGAGUGGUUGAAGAAUUUGUGUGACAUAGUUGUAUAAUAG